GCGGGCAGGUUUUUAAAUCCACCACGCUGUUACAAUGGGCUGGUGUUUGUCGUUGCGGUGGCAGUGAACUAACCACAGUGGACACAGAGGGCAAAGUUAACAGACUCCCCCGUCCUCUUUGGAUUUUAUUGUGGAUAUUGACAUGGCAAAAGGGAAGAAAAAUGUGCUGAGAAGAACCGAGGACACUGUUGAACAUAAAGUCACCUCACGCAAAGAGACAAAGGAAAACAAACCAGCAACAGAUAAGGAUUGUGCAGCCAAAGUGCCGUCAGUUUUCCAGAGCAAACCUAGAUCCCCUCUGAGCGACAGUUCGAGCAUGCUGAUCCAAGAAGGAAAUGAAUCUGAUGCAGCUAAUCCUGGCAUGUCAAAGCCAAAAAAAGACAUACCUAAUGAAAUCAAACCUGAGAGUUGUGAGUCCAAAGAGCAGAAGCCUGAAAUGACUUGUCCCAGUCACGGGAUGAAAAAACAAGCCACUGACCAAGUUGAGCAAAAAGAGUCCACAACGCUCACAAAUGUCAGGUCUGCAGCAGACAGCAAAGUUUCAGCGUCCAAAAGUCGGAGUAGAACUGGUCGCAGAGCUGGAGCAAAGAAAACAGAGAAAGCUCCUCAAAACAGAAAGGUCACAGACUAUUAUCCAAUCAGACGGAGCAACAGAAAAACUAAGGCAGAGUUAAAGAGUGAAGAACACAGACACAUUGAUGACGUGAUAAAGAACGACAUUGAAGAAGGAAUGCAGGUCAAACACAUAGAAGGAAAAGGAAGAGGGGUGUUCGCUGUCAAGGGCUUCAAAAAGGGAGAGUUUGUCGUCGAGUACCACGGAGACCUACUCGAACUGGCUGAGGCUAAAAUAAGAGAGGCCCAGUACGCUCAGGAUCCCCAGACAGGCUGUUACAUGUACUACUUCCAGUAUCAGACUAAGACAUACUGUGUGGAUGCCACAAAGGAAACAAGCCGCCUUGGACGACUGAUCAACCACAGUAAAACCGGUAACUGCCAGACCAGGCUUCAUCCCAUCGAUGGCACCCCUCAUCUGAUCUUGGUGGCAUCCAGAGACAUCGAAGCUGACGAGGAGCUGCUGUAUGACUACGGUGAUCGGAGUAAAGCUUCAGUGUUGGCUCACCCUUGGCUUAAAUACUGAAUCCACGACCACAGUGAUAUUUCAGAUGAAUUUGUGCUCUCUGCUGUCCUUUUCAUCCUCAUGUAAAAGAUGCUAUAGAUGAGCCGUCCUCAACAAUGUUUUAUAAGUAUAAAAGAUGUUUUUUUGUUUUAAAUGGAGGAUAAAGCUUCGCCUCAUGAAGAGUGUAUUUCUUGCAACAGUUUUUAUCAUGCUUUUAUUUUUUUUAUCUAACUGUAGCAGAUUGAUGCAAGUUUGAAGAGUGGACAAGAAGCGUUUCCUUUUGUAAUGAAUAUAUUGACAAUUGAAUUUCACUAUUGUAAAUUAUUGCCU